UGCAGUUACAGCAGGAAGAAUCAAAGGAAACAAUCAGUAGAAUGUGAUGUGUUCUGGUUUGUUGAUAAUUUUAACAUUGUUCCAACUAUACUUUGCCAUUGCUUUUCAAGAAUAUGAUCCAGAAUUUGCUCGUUUUGCAUUUGAGCAUGCAGCUGCAGCAUACUCUAGAGAGCCAUCGAAAUGCCUGGCAAAAUAUUAUGGUACUCAUAUUCUACGACAGGGCAACGUAUCUUGUGAUCACUUCCAUGACGAGUGCCUAUAUUAUAUAUCACAAUCUCCCACACAUGUCGUUGUCGCAUUUGGCGGUACACACUCGAAACUUCAACUCACUGCCGAAAUUCUGGCCGGUAUGACAGAACCAAAAGCGAAAUUCAUUGCAGGUGGUUCGGUGCAACGUUAUUUCAAUGCGGCAUUCAGAUCUAUUUGGAAGGAUUUGUGGUCUAUGCUGAGAAGAACAUUAAAGGCGAAUUUCACUCGGCCGAUAAUAUUUACUGGACAUUCUCUUGGCGGUUCACUUGCAUCCUUGGCUAGUGCUCACUUUGCAAAUUUUUAUGCUAAGAGGGAGCUCAAAAUAGAUAUUCGACUUAUAACCUUUGGUGAACCUAGGACGGGCAAUCGAGACUAUGCAUUCGCUCAUGAUACAUUGGUACCCGUCAGCUUUCGCGUAGUACAUCAAGGAGAUUUAGUAUCGCAUCUACCAAAUUGUUUAAUCAACAUACGAACGUUUGCAUGCAGCUCACGAUUUAGCUUUGGACCAUAUCAUCACGGACUUGAGAUCUGGUAUCCCAAAAAUAUGACCGAAACUUCUCGAUACAGACUUUGUUCGGGUCAACCCUUGAAUGAAGACCAAACCUGCAGCAAUGGUUACUACCGCCACUACACUAUUAAUGAUCACUUGUUUUAUUUUGGUGAACAUGUCAGCAUUUACGGUAUAUCCGGAUGUAAGACAAGCAGAAAUAUUGCCAAAAAAAAACCACAACGGGGAAAAAAAGUGCGUCAAAUCAUGUCAUCGCUGUCGCAGCCUCGUCGCUUUAAUGAAAAUAUUGCUUACAGUGAAGUUGCAAAGUGUUCCUCGAAAAAGUGAAGGACUUAAAUCAUAAUCUUGCGCAGGAAACUACUUUGAUUUUUAAUUGUAGCGUUUCACCCUUCUUGCAUGCAUGCAAUCAAACUACUUUGAUUUUUAAUUGUCGCGUUUCACCUUUUUUGCAUGCAUGCAAUCCAGUAAGACCGUUGUACUUUUUUUAGCAAUACUUCACGAUGUAGCAUCAUCAGGAGAUGUAGAAUUUAUUCAAACAUAUCUCUCUCUGCAUGUCAAACAGAUACUAGGUCAUUCAAAGAGUCUUACAGUUUUGAUUUUGUUUGUUUAUUCUUUAAACAAUCCAUGAUUCGAAUUCAAAACAGAGUCA